AUGGAAAAUAAAGAAGAGAACUACAAGAAUUAUAUGGAUGAAAUAAAAAAGGUUUCAAACAUUAUACAAGGAAAAAACAUCGAUUGCUUUGCAUCUAAUUCAACUAUUGAUGAAAAUAAAAUAUUGAAUGUAAACGAUAUAUGUAAUAUAUAUAUGGUUGAUAAGAAUUGUGAAAAAAAUAAUAUUUAUAAAAAGGAUUCAGAAAAAGAAUGUUUUAUUGAAGAAAUCCAAAAAAAAAAAGAGAAUGAGAAAAAUUUAUGUGUUCAAAAAAAAGCAGAUGUAAUAGAACCAUUUAUAUCAACAGAUGAAAUUAUUAAAUGUAAUAAUAACACAAAUGAAUAUAAUCAAAAUAUUGUAAAAAAUAUUAAGUUAGAAGGGUUCAAAUCUACUACCAUAUCUGAAUCAGAAUCAGAAUCAGAAUCUUUAUCUGUUGAAAAAAAUAAAUAUCAUAUAAAUCAUGUUUAUAAGGUAAUGAAGAAUUUUAUAUUAAAAUAUAUGGAAUCUGAUAAAAAAACAAAUCACACAAGACUAAUAAGUAAUAACAUAAACAUAGAAGGAUCAAGUCAUUCUAAAGAUAUAGGUUAUCCAGAUUUACGUUCAUUAGGCAUGUGCUUAUAUUAUAUAUUGAAAGGAAAAGUACAUGUUGAUAUUUUAAAGAAAGUUUUUUUUAGUGAUAAAAAAAAGGAUAAAGAUGUAAAUAUAAAAAGGAAUUAUAAUAUGAAUAAUGAACACACUGAUGAUAAUAAGGACAACAAUUGUGAUGUUACUACAAUAGAGAAAGAAAAAAAUGAAAUAUAUCAAGAACAAAAUUAUAAUGAUAUGCAUAAUAAUGAUAUGAAUAAUAAUGAUAUGAAUAAUAAUGAUAUGAAUAAUGAACAUAUACAUAAUAAUGAUAUACAUAAUGAACAUAUACAUAAUAAUGAUAAUCAUUUAAAUGCAGAAAAAAUUGUAAAGUGUUUAAAUAAAUUAUUGUGUCAAGAAGAAAUUAUUAAUAUAAAUAAUAUAGAAGAAAAAGAAUCUGAUAAGGUAUAUGAAGAUAUAGCGUUAGAAUUUGUAGAUUAUAUGAAAAAGAAUAAUAUAAAUUUUCUAGAAAAUUUUGUUCAUACUUCAUCAAAUAAUGUAUCUGCAGAGAUACUUGAUGGUUCUAUGGAGUAUUAUAAUGAAGAUUUAAAAAAUGAUAUUACAUCAAAAAAUAAUAAUAUGUCACAAAAAAAUACUUCAAAUAACAAAGAAAUAAAUAAAAAAACGCUGUGUUCAUCUAACAGCUUUAAAGAUGUUGUUAUUCAGAUUCCAUUAUUUUUGCGUUAUUUUAUAUACACACAUGUAUCAAGCAGCAUGAUGAUAGAUCUAAACAGAUGUAUUAAUAAUAAUGAUGAUAAUAAAAAGAAACUAAAAAAAAAAAUGAUGAACGAGAUUAUGACAGGUAUAUUAAAUUCAGAUGUGAAUAAAUUUAUUGAAGAAUUAUUAUGUAAUAUAAAAGGAUGCUUUCUAGAAAUUCUAGAUUAUUUAAAAGAAUAUUGUCGUUAUAACUGUAUCGAAUUUAAUGAUGAAAAUUAUUUUUAUCAUUUCUGUCAAAUAAUAUCUAUCGAGAAAACAUAUUUUGAUUUAAAGACAAUAAUAUGUUAUACAAAGAAAUAUCAGAAAAUUAAGAAAAAAGUUAUAAAAAAAAUUAAAAAUAAAAUAUCAUGUGAUGAUUUGAAUUAUGAUAAUAAUAAAAUUAUAACAGAAAAUAUUGAAAAGUUGAAUGCUCAUAUAUUUGAUAUAUCUACAAAUAAAUAUGUAUAUCCUUUAAAAGAAGAUAAUAUCUUCACAAAUCAAAAAGACAAUUAUUAUGAAUGGAUGUUAUCAACUAUAUAUAAUAAAGAUGAUGACAUUCAAAGUGAUCAACUUAAUAAAUAUACAAAUAAAUAUAAUCUUAAUGGAUAUAAUAAUUUUAUUAAUAGAUGUUUUAAAAGAAAACUAUAUAAUCAUGAACAUGAAAAAAAUCAACACUUUGAUAAUAUGACACAUAAACAAAUUAAAUUAGAUUCUGUUUCUACAGAUAUGAAUAGUAAAAAAUAUUAUUUAUCAAAGAAUGAUAUAUCGCUUAUUGAAAGACAUACAAAAGAUAAAGAUACAAUUAUUUCAUCUAAUCCUUCCUGUCUAAAGAAUACACAGUCAGAAUAUAUAUUCAAGAAGGAAGAUACGAUUAAUCCUGUUGAUGAAAAUAAAGACAUGCAAGUUGAUAAGUAUGAUCACACCUAUAAAGAUGAAACAAAAAACAAAAUGGAGCAACAUAAUAGUAACAAUAAUAAUGAUAAUAAUAAUGAUAAUAAUGAUAAUAAUAAUAAUAAUGAUAGACAUGAUGAUAAUAAUAAUGAUAAUUAUGAAGAGGAAGAGGAAGAGAAUAAUAUUUAUUAUGCUCCUAGUAAUAUGAGGACUGGCAUAGAUGUAGAUAAUGAAAACGGAAAUGAAGAUAUUUAUAAAAAAAUACAUCUAGAAAAUAAUGUUUAUGAUAAUAUUAUUUAUAAUGAAUAUAACACAAUAAAAAAUGAAAGUUCCAAAUUUGUUGAUAGUGUAGAUGAUAAUAUUUCUCUUCAAAUAGAAAAAAUGAGAAAUGAAAAUGAAGCCAAUCUAAAUAAUAAUAAAGAUUAUAAUUAUAACAAUGAACAUAUUUGUAAUGAUGAUUCUAAAAAUAUCAACAUUGAGGAGGAGGAGGAAGAAGAAGAAGAAAAAAAAAAUAUCUUACCUAUUGCAUGUAGUCAAGAAGAAAAUAAAAUAAAUGAAGAUAAGAAAGAAGAUUAUUCUCAAGAACAAUAUUAUAAAAGAAUAACACGAAAAAAUAAAGUAAAAGUAAUUAUUGAACAAAUAGAUCAGAAUGAUCAAAAAAUGGAACUAUCAGGUAGUGACAAUAAUGAUAAUGUGGAUAAGAUAUCAUCUUAUGAAGAUAUAAAAAAACAAAAAAAAAGAAAAAAAACAAAAAGAAGAGGAAAUGAUAAAUCUGAAAAUUAUGAUAAUUAUCAAAAAGAUAAAGAUAUAAAAAGUAUAGAAAAUUAUAUGCAUAAUUUAAAUGCCACAAACGAUGAACUCAUAAAUAAUGAUAAUAUGAAUUCAAAAAUGUUAUCAAAUAUAUUUGAGAAUCAUAAUUCACCAAAAUUUAAUAGCACUAUUCCAAAUAAAGAAAGCAUAUCAUUUGAAAAAGAGACCUUGAAUAUUUUAACAACACCAUCAAAAGAUAAUCCUAAUAGAGGUGAUAACACUGAAGGUUUGAAUAUGAAUAUAAAUAAAGAGAACCAAAAUAAUAAUACCAGUAAUAAUACUAGUAAUAGUAAUAAUAAUAAUAAUAAUAAUAAUAGUAGUGGUGGUAGUAGGAAAGAUAAUAGUGAUGAUCAUCUUCAUAAUAACAACUUUAUAAACUCUAUUCAAAAAGAAUGCAAUGAUGGGAAUAGUCCUUAUAGGUCUCCUCUUAUUUUAAGACAUAAUACACAUCGUUUGAUGAAUUCUAAAUGUUAUGAUAAUGAUUAUAUUAUAAAUAUAAAUAAAAAAAUUAAUCGAAUGAAAAAGAAAUGUAUUAACAAAAUUAUGAGUAGUCUAUUCUCACAACAGAUUUAUAAAUAUGCUUUAAUAUUUUCUUCUAUUUUAAAAAAUGAUGGAUGUAUAUCUGUGUUAAGUAUACAUGCAAUAAAGAAUAUUGUUUUAAAGUUAUAUCAUCUGAGAAUUCUUGAGAUAAAACAAAAUGUAGAUAAAAAUAAUAAAUAUAAUAUUAAUAGUUGUAAUAAUGACAUAUUCAAAGAAAAGAAAAAUAAUUUUUUUCAUCUACCUCAUGAUCAUAUUAUAUCUGCUACUGAAGAGACAUAUAUAAAUGAUCAUAAUAAUAAUAAUAAUGUGGAGAACUUAGAAAAUUAUAAAGAUGCUAAAGUAUUUAAAAAGAUUGCAUGUGAAAAGAAUUAUAAUAUAUCUACAAUAAAUGAUAAUAAAAUAGAUGAAUAUUAUAAUUCAAAAAAUGAAAGUGACAUGGAAAUUAGACAGUGUUUAAAUAAUAUGAAUAUAAAUGAAUAUUAUGAUACAAGAGAAAACUUAAAUAUGAAUAUAUUAAUUCAAGAAUUUUUAAAAAAAAACUUGAAUGAAGAAAAUUGGAAUAUUUUUUGGCAAUGGUUAUAUGACAAUGAAGAUAUUAAUAUAUCAACAUUUAAAAAAUAUAUAAUUAAUCAUAUAAAGAAUUUAUUGUUGAAAGGGGGUGAUAUAAAUAAGUGUGAUCCACCUGAGGUGGUAAUACCAGAUAUGACUGAAGGAGAAAUAAAUACGACCAACAAUACAAACAAUACAAACAAUACAAACAAUAAUAAUAAUAAUAUUGAUCAUAUUGAUAAUAAUAAUAAUAAUAAUUAUAAUAAUUACAAUAAUGAUGAGAAAGAAAAAAUUGAGAAACUCCUACAGUUUUAUAUAUCCAACAAUGUAAAUAUAAAUUCAGAAUUUAAUAAAGUGAAAGAAUUUUUUGAACAAGAAAAAUGUAAUGGAUAUUAUAAUAAUCAAAAAAAACUUGAGAUUUUAAAAAAUGAAUAUCUAAAUGAUAAUAUAUUAGAUUAUAUAAGAGCUAAUGUUUUAUAUGAGGGAUAUAUGGAUAAUCACCUUAUAAAUAAAAGAGGAGAUAAUUACAACAACAAUAAUUACAACAAUAAUUACAACAAUAAUAAUUAUAGUGGUGUAUUCAAUUUUUGUAGUGGUGAUGAUAGAUUUUCUAAUGACCUAACAAAUGAAGAAGAUGAAAAUAUAAAAAAUAUCCAUAAUUUAUUAUGUCAAUAUAAUUCAUCAGAAAAACAUAGAAGAGAACAUAUUCAUAAGAAUAUAUAUAAUGAAGAUGAUCAGAAUAAACAAAUAGAUGAUAAAAGUUAUAUACAAACAUUAAAAGAUCUUAACGAUUUAAGAAGUAUAUAUAAAAAUAAACAUGUAGAUAUAUUUCAAGAAAUGAAUGAAUGUGAAUUUUUAUUUGAAGAUGAGAAAUGUAAAUAUAACAGAGAAGAUAAAAAUGAUGUAAAUGAAAAUGAUGAUAAUAUAAAUGGUGAUAAUAAAAUAAAUGGUGAUGAUAAAAUAAAUGGUGAUGAUAAUUUAAAUGGUGGUGAUAAUUCAAAUGGUGAUGAUAAUUCAAAUGGUGGUGAUAAUAUUAAAUUAACUGACUUGACAUAUAAAUUAAAUGAUAAUAAUAUAAAAAAUAAUAAUAUGAAAAAUAAAAAUAAAAAUGAUAUCAUUCAUAAAGUAAAAGAUUUAUCAUGUAAACUAUCUGAAUUAUAUAAAAACAAAACAGAUUUAACCUACAACUUAAAUGACUCAGAUGACGAUCACAAUAAUAAUAAUAAUAAUAAGAUGAAUGGUGAAGAGGAUGAAAAAUAUGAUAAUAAUAAUAUUGAAGAGGAUGAUAAGGCAGAACAAAUUAUAAAUAAUAAUAAUAAUAAUAAUGAUGACAAUAAUAAUGACAAUAAUAAUAACAAUAGUGAUAAUAUAAAUAACUUAGAUCAGAUGAGAGAUGAAAAAAAUACUAAUACAGUUACUAAAGAAAUGAACUGUAAAGACAAUAUUUUAAAUGUAAUAAAAAAUAAAAAUUUAAGUGCUCAAGAUAUUUUAUAUUAUCAAAAAUUAUUAUUAUGCUUAAAAUAUGUGGGAGAUCAUAAUACUGCUAUAAAGAACAACGAAAAUUAUAAAAAUUAUGAAAAUUAUGAAAAUUAUAGAAAUUAUGAAAAUUAUAGAAAUAUUCAAAAUAUUCAAGGAGUAGAUAAUUCUUUUAAUUAUAAUAAUAAUAUAUUUUAUAAAAACAAAAUGAAUAAUGUAUUUAGCUAUCUAAAAAAUAUUCCUUAUAGUAACAGAAAUAAUAAUUCUUUUUUAAAUAAAUAUUAUAAUUUAAAAUAUACAAAUAACAAUCAAUAUAAUCAGAGUGAUCAUAUUAAUAACAAUAUGAAUAAUUUUGUAGGUGAUAAUUAUAUAAACAAUGAUCAAACGACAAAUAAUAUGCAACCAUUAUUUGAUAAUCUUAUAAAUAAUAAUAAUUAUGAUGAUGAUUAUAAUCAUUUUUUCAAUUAUCUUGGUAAUCAAAAAAUGAUGGACAACCAAUUAAACGGAUCUAAAAACAAUCACAACAACAAUUAUAUGAAUAAUAUGAAUAAUAUGAAUACUACAAAUUGUAAUGAUCUGUUAUAUUUAUUGUAUUUAUAUGAACUGUCUAAGAAAAAUAAAAAUGCAAAUAUGCCACAUAUAAAUAAUGAUAAUGUAUAUAAUUUUUUAAAUAAAUAUUUUUCAAAGAAUAUGAAUGUUUCUGAUUUGACAAUGAGAGAUAGCCAAGAUGAAUAUAUACAAUCUAAUGAGAAAAAUAAUAAAGAUAAAGAUAUAAAUGAAGACCAUGAUUAUAAUAAUGUAAAUCAUUUUAAUAAUGAGCCUAUUCAUAAUAAUGUAUCAUAUCUUUCAAAUGAAGAUAAAGAAAACAAUAAUCAUACAAAACAAAAUAAUACAGAUGAUAAUUAUGAUUAUAGAAUGAAAAGAAAAGAAAAAUAUUGUAGAUUAAUAGAAAAUAAUAAUAAUCAAAUGGAUAUGGUAUCUCAGAAUAAUAAUGUAAGCAUGAAUAAAAAAAAUUCAUAUGCUAAUUUUAAUCUCAACUUAGAUAAUGAAAGCAACCUAUCUUCUUAUGAAAAUCAAGAAAAUAAUAAUAAUAUAACAUGCAAAGAUAAUUAUAAAAAUAAUAAAAACUAUUAUUUACAAGAUGAAGAAAAUUAUUCAAGACAUGAAAAUGAUAUAAGAAUGUUAGAAAGUUAUAAAAAGAAUUUUAAAGAAAAAAUUCCUUAUCAUAUGAAAAAUAAAUAUUUAGCUAUGUCAUCACAAAGUAAUAAUAAUAAUAAUAAUAAUAAUAAUAAUAAUAAUAAUAAUAAUAAUAAUAAUAAUAAUUCUAUUUAUUCGUCUAAUAUGGAAUGUUAUAUGAAUAGAUUAAAAUCCACAAGACUUAGAAGAAAAAAUAAAUAUGACAAAUACGAUAUGGAUGACAAAUAUGAUAUGUAUGAUAAAUAUGACAUGUAUGAUAAAUAUGACAUGUAUAACAAAUAUGACAUGUAUGAUAAAUAUGACAUGUAUGAUAAAUACGAUAUGUAUGACAAAUACGAUAUGUAUGAUAGAUAUCAUAGAUAUAAUAAAUAUAACAAUUACUUAUCAACAUUAUCUUAUUCAAAUAUGAAUGAAGUUGAAUAUAAUACACAUAUGGAUGAACUAGGUCAAUAUCUUUUGGUUCCUGGAUGUGAUUCUCAAAAUUAUGAACCCGAAGAACCCAAUAAAAAUAAUGAAUCCAAUAAAAAUAAUGAAUCCAAUAAAAAUAAUGAACCCAAUGAACACAAUAAUCUAUGUGGUAGUGAUAAUCAUACUAGUCGUCAUCAUUUCAGACGCACACAUGACAAGUUUAAUCUUUAUAAUAAUAAUAAUAUGGUAGAUAACUUUGUUAGGUAUUAUAAUAGGAAUGAUAAGAAUUCUUCGUCUUCUUUUUUCAUAAAUAAAGAUUUAUAUAAUUCUUUUGACGAGUUAAAUGAAAGUAGCCAUGAUGAAGAUACAUUGAGACAUGAUAAUUAUUUUAGAAAAAGAAAAAGAACACAUUUAAGAGGAAAAUAUUAUUUACAAAGACAUGAAAAUGACUUAGAUGUAAUGUGUAAUAAUAUGAAUGAAUUUGAUCAUUUGAGAAAUAAUAAAUAUAAUUAUAAUCCUUAUGAAGAAAGACAAGAACGAGAAGAUGAUGAGAUCCAUUAUGCAGAUGAUGAUGAUGAUGAGAAUAUCAAUAUAUUGAAGAAUAGAAAUAUGUAUUCUCAAUCAUUAUUAAGUCACAGAAAAUUAAAUGAUAAAGAGAAAGACAAUGUAUAUGCUAGUACGUAUAAUAAGAGAAGGGGAUUGCGUACAGAUAUAUCAGCAUCGGGCAAUAAGAAUGAAGAAGAAAAAAAUAGGAAUGGAUUUCUCCAUACUGAUAUCACACCAGAAUAUGGAAGAGGACGAAGAACAAAAGUAGUUAAUCAGAAUUAUAUAAAAAAUUAUGAUUGUGAUACUAAAUAUUAUAAUAAAAAGGAAAAGACAAAUGUCAUAACAAACAUGCAUAUAAAUGUAUUAAAUAAUAAUAAUUCAUUAUGUGAUGGAAAUAAUAAAGAUAAAAUAAUAAAAACAAAUACAGAAUCAUCUUUAAUAAAUAAAAAUAAUAAUAAAAGUAAUAUUACAACUAGAAAAAUAAAUAAUUGUAAUAAUAAGAUGAAAAAUAAUUUAUUAGACAACCCUGAAGAUUAUGAAACAAAAUUAGCAUGUUCUGAAUUAAAACCUCAAAGAGGUGUUUAUUUUGAUAGAUCACAAAAAGCUUGGAUAGGUAGCUGGUAUGAAGAAGGAAAACAAAUUAAAAGACGAUUCAAAAUUAAAUAUUAUGGAUGGGAUGAGGCUAGAAGUCUAGCUAUAAAAGCAAGAUUUGCCUUUGAAAAUAAAACAAAAAAUUUGAAAGGCAAAAAAGGACCUAAUAGUAAAAAUAAAAAUGAUAAAAGUGAAAAAGAAGGAACUCAUAAAAUUAUUGACAAUGGAAAUGGAAAUGGAAAUGAAAAUGAAAAUGUAAAUGAAAAUGUGAAUGAAAAUAUAAAUGAAAAUAUAAAUGAAAAUAUAAAUGAUCAUGUCAACAACAAUGUGAAUGAAAAUAUGAAUGAUCAUGUCAACAACAAUGUGAAUGAAAAUAUAAAUGAACAUCAUAUGAAAGAUAAUUCUAUGAAUGAUGCACAAUCUAUGACAGACACAAACGUAAAGAUAAAUCCUUAUCCUAUUGAAUCUUUAGAUCUUUUAAAAGAUAAUAAAGAAAAUUAUAUGAACAAUAUCAAUGUGGAUGAUAUUGUAAAUAAAAGAAGCAUGUCUACAAGAAAUACAGGAGUAAAUAUAUCAAAAAAUAAUAAUAUAAAUAAUGAUGAUAAUAACACUAAUAAGAGAGAUACCAGAAGAAAUAUAUAUAAGAGAAGACCAUAUGCUCAUGAUAAUGAUAUCAAUAUUGAAAAUAAAGAAUUUAAUAGUGAAAGGAAGAAGAAAAAAAUCAAUAUGAACAAUAAUAAAAAUAAUGUUAAUAAUGAUAAUAUUAUUAAUAGUGAUAAUAUUAUUAAUAAUGAUAAUAUUAUUAAUAAUGAUAAUAAUAUUAAUAAUAAUGAGGUUAUACCAACUAUUCAACAUGAUAUAAAUAUAAAAAACGAAAAUGAUACUAAUAUGAUAUAUUCUUAUAAUAAUAAACACAAUGCUAAUAUAAAUAUCUCCUCAUAUAAUAACGUCAACAUCAAAAAUAAUACUUAUGAUGAUCAUAUAUAUAAUGAUAUUCAAUAUGAUGAAAAUCAAAAUGUUCAAGAAAAUUUUAUGAACAUGUCAUCCUUACAACAAAAUAUAAAUAAUAUAUAUGGUGAUUUUAAUAAUGAUAAGGAAAAUGAAAAUAAUAUAAGUCAAACUGUAAUCAAUAAAGAAAAUGAUAAUGUUCAAACAAAACAAGAAUAUAAAGAAAAAAGUCACAUGUAUACACCAAAUAAUAGUAAUAAUAUGUAUGAUUAUAUAAACAAAGAAAAUUAUAUGAAUGAUAAUAUUAUGUCACAUGUUGAAGGUAUGUAUAUUGCAGGUAAUUAUAUGAAUAACAAUGAUAAUAUUACAAAUAUGGAUAGUACAUAUAAAAAUAAUAAUAAUAAUUAUAUUAACUAUGAAGAUGUUAUAACAUAUGAGCAGUCUAAAACGAAAUUAUAUGAACAAAAUGGAAAUAAUGAAAAUAAUAAUAAUAAUAAUAAUAAUAAUAAUGAUGAUAAUAAUAAUAAUGAUAAUAAUUAUCAUUUUUAUAAUAAUCUCAAUACAGAUGCAUAUAACAAUUUAAGUAAUAAUAAUGCAGAGACAAACCUUGAAGAUUGCUCAUCUGUUAAUGUAUCAAAUAAAAAGAAUGUUGAUAAUAAAAACACAAAAAAUGUAUAUUUAAAAUAUUCUUAUUGUAAAUCAUUAGAUAAUUGUAAUACAUAUACAAAAGGUAAUAAUAAAAAAUCAGGUGAUCAACAAAAUAUAUUAGAACAAUCAAUAAAAUUACCACAAGGAGUUUUUUAUCAAGAUUCUAAAAAAGCUUUCUGUGCUAAUUGGUAUUCAAAUGGAAAACAAGAAAAAAGAUAUUUUUCUAUUAACAAAUUUGGAGAAGAAAAAGCUAGAAAUUUAGCAAUAGCAGCAAGAAAAAAAUUCGAAAAUGUUUAUAAAAAAAAUGGACAUGGAAAUAAAAAAGAUAAUUCGAUGUCUUCUGUUAUGAAAAAUAAUAUAAAUAAUGAUAUUAUAAAUAAAUCACACGAAAAUAAUGAUGAAAUGUUAUAUCACAAAAAUAAUCAUUCUGAUCAAAUAACUAAAAAGGAAAUUAUCGAUCAGGACGUGUACUCUUCGAAUGUGACAACAAACCCACUUAACAACUGUAUGGAGGAAGGCAAAGAUAAAUAUAAAGGACCCACCAGCAACAGCAUUGUUGGAAGUAACAAUACAACAGAAGUAGUAAACAAUAAUCAACUUGAUGAUGAUUAUGAUGGUGAUGAAGAUAUCAAACAAGACACAGAAACAAACCAUAUGAAUGAUUUGAAUAAUGAACAUGUCGAUAAAAAUUAUAAGAAUUAUAAAAAUUAUCCAAAUAUUACAAAUGAUGUUAAUUAUCAAGAUAAUAGAAAUUUUCAUCAGUUACAUAAUAAUGAUCAUGUUAAAGGACAAAGAGGAAGAAAACCUUCUAAACAUUUAAAUGUGUCUCAACAAAAUAAUAAAAAUGAUACAUAUGAAAAUUAUCAUAAGAAUGAAAACUCAGAAAAUAAUCAAAAUGAUCAUAUACUUAAUAUAAACAAAGAUAUAACAGAUAAUAAUAAUAAUAAUAAUAAUAAUUUACAUCUUUCAAAUAACGAAAGAAUUAAUAAAAAUAUAUCAUAUGAAAAUUUAAAUACUGAUCAUACAACAAAUGAUCUCUUACAAUCAUCUUGUAAAGAUAUGAAAGCAGAUAACUUUAAUAAACAUUAUUCAAAAAAUUCUUUAAAUAAAAAUCUUAAAAAAGAAUUAGACGAUGUUAAUAUGGUAAACAAAAUUGAAAAAACAGGAUCAACACCUGCAGGAGUAUAUAUGAUUAGAAUUAAUGGAGUUGUUCAAGCUUGGAGAGCUGAAUGGAGAAGUCCAAGUGGUUGUAAAAGAACAAAAAAUUUUGGAAUUAAUACUUAUGGUACUACCUUAAGUAAAAAAUUAGCUAUCGAAAUGAGAGCAAGAAUGACUGGUGAAUGUUUAGUUUCCGAUGAUGGUACUGUUUUUGAUUAUUCAACAAAAAAAGGAACUAUGAGUAGUUGA